UCAUUCCUGGAAAUCUCGGCAGCAUGGUCAAAGGUAUCAUUCCUGGAAAUCUCGGCAGCAUGGUCAAAGGCAUUCGGUACUUGUUUGUCCUACUAGGGGCUGGUUUCAUCAGUAUGAGCUUCUAUCAAACCAACAGCAGACGCACGUUUAUGACGCACCAGGAAUACCACGAGCAAUGUGAGGCUCAAUGCGUUGAUGAACAACUAUAUGAAAAUAUCCCAGAAGACUUUCUGAUCUAUACACCCACUUGUACAAUUCCAAAUAUUCCUAUCAAUCACCCAAGCAUUGUCAAAUUCAAACGUCAAGAACCUCUAGAGAUAACAUGCAGUCCAAAGACACCCUUAACUGAAGAUGAAGAUAAAUUGUUGAAGUUUAAACUGGACAUGAUCUGGCAAUAUGGUCUUCAAACUUGGGAACAACUCAAUUGCUCCUACCAAGGUAUUGUCCGGAUAAACCAAGAUCCACAACAUUAUAAUGGCCAAGCCGACAGGGGACAAAAGUUGAAAGAAAGUGUCCCCAUUACCAGCCCCAUUACACCGAUUCUCGACGAAAACGCCAUUGUUGUGACGUGCUACUCACAAAACAGCACGGACAAUAAUGUUGUUUACAGGAAUCUCCAUUAUUUCAUCCAACCCAGUGUUUAUGAAGAGAAGAUGAAGCGGUAUCAGAGGCAGCUCGAGGAAGAAAUACCCUCCAGAGAAGAGAGAUUAAAUGUGCUCAUAAUAGGCAAAGAUUCAAUGUCAAGAAAUAACCUACUGAGACAUAUGCCCAAUACUUACGAGUACAUUACCAAGACCCUAGGUGGGAUCGACUUCCAAGGAUACAAUAAAAUAGGAGGAAAUACCUUUCCAAACGUUUUUUCCAUGAUGACAGGAAUCCCAGCCCACGAAAUGGGUAAUGGCAGUUGCAGCAGUGUAAAGAGUCAGAAAUUAGACGACUGUCCCUUUACCUGGAAAUUAUACAACCAGAGCAAUUAUGUCACUUUUUACUUGGAAGACGCCCCUUGGAUGGGAACCUUUCGAUACACGAGGACAGGAUUUGUUGAACAGCCUACAGAUAUUUACAAUAGUCCUUAUGCUUUCAUGUCUGAUGGGCUAAUAGGGCAUUCUGCUAAUUUUAGAGGACAAAAUGGAAAGAUAUGUCAAGGAGGAAAGCUCACUUCAGAGGUCCUACUUGACUACAACUUCAAAAUAUGUAAAGCUCUGCACAAUAAAGUCCCAUACUUUGGUCUCGUAUGGGAUGGGGCCCUGACUCAUGAUUCCCUCGGCAUGGCUUCAGCCUCAGAUCAAUGUACAGUGAAGGCACUGAAGGAUCUCAAAAUGGAGGGAUUUCUAGACAACACGUUUCUUAUCUUCAUGAGCGACCAUGGCAUUCGAUACGGGAGUAUCAGGUCGACCUACGCUGGAAUGCUCGAAGAAAGGCUUCCUUUUCUGAUCCUGGUGCCACCUCCAGGAUUCAAGGACAAGCACAGCCAGGCUUAUGCAAAUCUACAGGUCAACUCCCGGAGACUGACUUCAAACCUGGAUGUUUAUGGAACUGUCGUAGACUUGGGCAGCUAUGGAUACCUUAAUCCAGAGAACAGUUUCGUGGGAGAAAAAUAUGGCCAAAGCCUCUUUAAGGUGGUACCUUUAAACAGAACCUGUGAGGAUUUGGCUAUUUCACCUCACUUCUGUACAUGUCAGAAUUCAACUGAGGCUGACUCUAAUGAUCCUCAUUUAUGGAAUGCUGCGAACCAUACCAUAUCAAAGUUAAACGAAGGACUGGCCAAGUUCACCGACUGUGUCCAACUAACGCUAGACAAGGUCCUCAGUGGAAGAGUUAGCACCGCCAACGACAAAACCAAACCAAGCAUUGCUGAAUCAGAGAUAACAAAAUAUAUGAUAAUAUUCUCUGCUAAGCCAAGUGGCGCCGUCCUGGAGAGUUCUGUCUUAUAUGACACCGGCAAUUACAAGGUCCUUUCGGAUGUUUCAAGGAUUAACGCUUACGGAAACCAAAGUCAUUGCAUCACGGACUUUACCUACAGAAAAUAUUGUUAUUGUAAGGACCUUCUUUAGCGAUCAACACUAGGCGUUUAAAGAGAGAAGCCACAUCCCUUGGUGUUCCGCACAAUAUAAUUUUGAGGCUGCAAGGAAGUAAAACUUCAAAGAGUUGUUGCCUGAGUAAUUGUAUGCUCAUCAACGCUAAUCUUAAGAAAAGGCAUUUUCGCUACAGGAUAUGAAUUUUCACCAUUGUCUACAAUGGCCUUGCCAGUUAAGUGCAGCUCUCAUCUCGUUUUCACAAAGGCAAACAACAACUGUAAUCCCGAAGCGACUGGACUUGCUCACUUCGUGAUAGCAAUUUCUGUCACUUAAGCUGAGAGCAAAAUGUAAAGAUGUAAUCUGCAUUACUCGCCCAAGGUAAUCCAGAAAUAAAGGCGAGACUCAUGAAAAUCUUACUUAAACGUGAAAUAUUUUAUCUAAAUAGCUUAUUCAUUCAUUCUUUUAAUUAAUAAUUCAAUAUUCCAGAACUCCUAAUUCAUUCAGCUAUAUAUAUCCCAAUGGCAUCCAUAAUUCGUAUCCCAAGUAAUUUUUUGCGACUCAUUAAAAAUUUAUAUAUAUUUUUUCAAAGAUUUUAUUCGUUGUUUAUUUAACAAAUCUUUUCUCCUAAAAGUUCUAUAUAGCAAUGGAUACAGCCGAAAUCAAAUAAUGGCAAUCUGGCCUCCCAAAACCGCUUCUGCUAUCUGAAUUUUAGAUUUGCACGGGACUUGAAGGAUUAUAAACAAAUUUCUCUAA